AUGUCAACCGAAGGCUACACGCAACCACCACCAGGCUAUGCUCCACCCAAAGACAGCAAGCCUGACAACAAGAAUUACAACUCAAUUUCCCAGAAUGAGGAAAUCCAGUCAGCUGGCCCGAGUCAGAUGCCCGAUGGCGAUCUUCCAGACGAUUUCAAGUACGGCGCAACUAUCAGCGAAUGCGUCCGUGAAGUGCGUAUGGCAUCAGUGAGAAAGAUCUACACAAUUCUCACCCUCCAACUCCUCGCCACAUUCGCUACUGGAUUUUGGGUGUCAUACAGCCAAUCGAUGCAGACUUUCAUCCUCAAGCAUCCCAACACUCUAUUCGUGCCAAUCAUUGGGUCAUUCGUCACACUAGGCUUGACUUACUGGCAAAGACACAAGGUCCCUGCAAAUUUUGCUCUAUUAUCUUCCUUUACCGCUUGCGAGGCACUAGCAAUUGGUGCUGUGAUAUCCACGUUUGAGAACAAGACUAUUGUGUUGCAAGCAUUGCUCUGUACGGCGAUCGUGUUCAUCGGCUUGACGGCAUUUACUUUCCAAUCAAAGUACGACUUUAGUGGACUUGCACCCAUACUCAGCGUCGGUAUAUUUGGUAUGAUUGGAUUUGGAUUGGUUGGUCUCUUUGUUCCAUUUAGCUCAACCGUUAGCCUUGUAUAUGGCAUUAUCGGUGUCGCGCUGUUCUCACUCUAUGUAGUAUAUGAUACGCAUCAAAUAUUCAAUCGCCUAUCACCUGACGAAUACAUUCUGGCCUCGAUUUCACUUUACUUGGACUUCUUGAACCUUUUCCUAUCCAUCUUGCGUAUCUUGUCAAGAAACGAUAAUUAA